UCUCAGGGACUCGGAGUUUCACAGCGGGACAGAGUGUCAGAAAAGAGUGCAUUUUCACUGCUUGAGUUUCCUGCGGCAAGCAACUUGGCGUUCGCACGCGUCAGCGCCGUGCGCACAGCUGCAGUUUGCUGAUUGGGGGUGGGGCAUAUAGCUGGCUGGACCGGCGCGUUGUCGCGUCUCCUGAACGAGACAAUUUACGAAACAAUCUCCUGCCGUCGCUGCCUAGCAACCGCACCUUCCUCCACUUCAUGGACUUCGGAGAUGAUCUGUAGCUGACUCCCCUGCAUCACACUCAGACACACGACACUCCAACGACGCCUGCUGCCUGCACCUGUAUAACCGCCACGCCGCCCGAAACUAGCCAUGGAAUCAACCCCCUCUCCUCCGCCCGAGCGCACGCUUUCGCCGGAGCCAUGGGUGUCGCCGUCGCUUGCGCUGAACGCUGUGCCGCAGCUCGAUCGCUCAGUAUCGACAGCUUCUUCCGUAUCGUCCGUCUCCGGCCGCUCGGCGAGCUCUAGGCUCUCUGACAGCGGCAUACCUGGCAGGAGGCGGGGUUACAUGCGACCAGAGGGAACAGAGUUCUCCCGAUCUGCGAAGAACAGAGAGAGUGUCAUGAACUUGGGCACCAUAGCGCAUCUGCAAUACUACUUUGCCCGAACCGGCCUGCUGGACGAGGCCACUGGUAGAGUGGCAAAGAAGCGGAAGCAUGGCUCGAGGACAGCAAGCGGGUCGGAGCGGCCGCUCUCAGACAUCGAGGGAGAUACGUCUGGACUCUCGCCCGGGACUAUGGACACGCUGGGGGAUGGCCUCGUGGAGUCUCCCAUCGACGACAACGCAUCCAUGAGCUGGGAUGACAACGAACCCGUUAUGCUUCCACCUACCGUGAGCACAUACAAAAGCACCCCAGUUUACGUACCUCCACCGCCCGACAUGACGAUUCUGCGCCGAGAAUUACGCGAGUCGCUCACCGAAUGCACGAAACACUUGCAAGAGCUUGAGAAGGGCCAUAGCAAUGGAACAGCGGCAGAUGCGGGGUUUGGAGAUGGAGCGGGAGGUCGACAGUCUGCAGAAACGCCUGGGUGGCACCAGAUUCAAGGUUUAAAUCUUCUCGACGUGGCCACGCUUGCAAUCCGCGCGGCGAAGAACUACUACACCGCACACGAGAACCCUCAGCGACUCUACUCGAUCAAAUCAGAGCGCGUGAUACGUAAAGAGCUCUACGACGUGCUUGAGGUGCUGAAACGCUUAGCUAUACGCAACUUCGCCAACGGCGUGUCACCUGCAGAAACGGUCUGCAUCAAAGAGUGGGUCGAAGACAUCGGCACCCUGUUGGACACCGAGGAAGAGAAGGAGCGCGUGGAACAAGAAGAGCGGGAGAGCUGGUCAUGGCGCGAGGGCGACUGGACUGGAAAAGAGAGAGAACGGGAGCUACUCUUCCUGAAGUCGUUCGAUUCUGUGCCAGAGCCGCUCCCCGAGUGGACAAACCCAGAGAGCGCGGACCUGCCAACGCCCUUCUUAGCAACUCUCCAGAACGGACUGCGACUCAUUCACCUGCACAACAGCAUUGUGAAGAAGUCACCACGGCAGUUCGAAGAGAUCAAGCAGUACCACACGGAUACAGCAAAGCCGUAUCGAUGCGCUGACAAUCUGCGCUACUGGGCUAAAGCGGCCGAGCUACGCUGGGAUGUGAAGAUGGAAAUCGAUGCCAUGGGCAUUGUCCAGGGCAUCGACGCUGAAGCAUGGCGGAACUUCGACGCCGCGCUCAUGAAAUGGAGCAAAGGCGUCCGCGAGGAGAUUGUCAAGGAGUGGAAGCAACAGAAGAGCCAGGUCCGUGCACCAACUCUUCAGAUCGACACCGAUUUUGAGGUCUCGUAGCCAGAUCUCGCAUCAUAUCGGCCAUCACAUCAUACCCCUACCCCUUCUCUGUCAAUUUUUUCAGCACCACACCAUUUAUCAGAACGAGGCAUCCGAGUUGACGAAUUCUCUGGCUAGCGGUUGGGUUGGAUACUGAUACCACGUUUCUUACUCAGACUGAGACUAGCCAGUUUCAUUUCUCUCAGUUUCCUUCUACCAGAGCGAUACCACAUCAUCUGUGUUAGAUACCCCAUACCCCAUCUGCUUACCAAUACCAAGUUGCAUUUAUAGCACGUAGCAGACAUGAACCGUCUGGCU